AUGGAAGAGACUACGCAGCACGACAUGCUGGCUGGACCGACGCCGACACUUUCACGUAUGCGUGAGAGAGGAUCUCCCCGUCACCGUGUGACCUUCGUCGACCUACCACGGCAUGUCCGUGACAAAAUUUACCAAGAGGCGGGCUAUAGGGGCAACAAGUUCAUCGACCUUAACCUGUGGACUAUCAACGGGCCCAAUAAGCGCUAG